AUGUUUCCUCCUUGUGUUGAAGCUUUUCGACACUGCAAGCCAUUGGUCAGCAUAGACAGUACUCAUCUGUAUAGCAAGUAUGGAGGGACUUUGCUCCUGGCCAUCGCUCAAGAUGGGAACUCCAACAUCUUGCCUAUUUCUUUCAGUCUCGUGGAGAGGGAAAAUGCCGAGUCGUGGUCUUUCUUCCUGACCAACCUGCGACAACAUGUGACUCUGCAACAGGGGAUACUGGUCAUCUCAGAUAGGCACAAUGGCAUCAAGGCUGCACUAGAGAACCCUAACAGUGGGUGGUUACCCCCGCAUGUGUAUCGAGCAUUUUGUAUUCAACAUGUUGCAGCUAACUUCACACUCAGUUUCAAGGGCACAGAUGCAAAGCGUUUGCUUGUGAACGCUGCUUAUGUGAAGACUGGGGCAGAGUUUCACUAUUGGUUUGAUAUAAUACGGAUUGAGAAUCCGGCAAUGUGUAAUUGGGCGAAUAGAAUAGAAUACGAUAAGUGGAAUCAGCACCAGGAUGGUGGCAGACAAUUCGGUCACAUGACGACCAAUAUAUCUGAGUGUGUUAAUUCUGUUAUAAAGGGUACACGGAAUCUUCUGGUUACCGCCCUAGUGAAGUCCACAUAUGGUCGGCUAGCGGAGUUGUUUGUGAUUCGUGGUCAGACAGUAGAGGCUCAAUUGGCCAGCAGUGCCAAGUUCUGCCAGUCUUUUAUGAAGGCGAUGGAGCGCAACUUGAAAGACUCCAGAUGCUUCACUGUCACCCUAUUCGAUAGACACCAGUCUGAGUACACCGUUGCCGAGACGACACCGACCGGGAGCUUUUCACUUGGGACGUACCGAGUUUCCCUUCAGGAUCGUACAUGCGACUUUGGAUACUUUCAGGCUCUCCAUUAUCCAUGUUGCCAUGCGAUUGCAUGUUGUGCCCAGUCACGACUUGACUAG